AUGCUUUGCACUCCCACCCAACUACUCCACCACAUAUGCCCAUGUCUGGCAAGUCGCAGGCGCACAGCAGAUGAUCAAUCGCACGCUUCAGAUGCGGACCAUGACGACGAAGGUAGAGCUCUACUGAGCGGGCAUGGUCACAACAGCGGUGCUUCGAGAGGAGGCGCAACAACAAGUGGCCGCGACCGUAAUGGCGUGGGCAGCGGCUACGGUUCCACAUCUGCAUCCCACCCUGCUGCUGCUGUUGCUGGUGGAUCGAGAGGAUCGGUAAGCGGCGAUGCUGCAAGAGGAGAUGCAGCAUCAGCAGCAGCGGCAGAUCCUCAUCUCAGGGUAAAGCGCAUCGACGUGAGCAAGGCGAAUAUCGACAAGAGGAGGGAGCACGUCCUCACGUGAGUAGCAUUCCAAAGGCCAUGUCAAGUCUCGCCUCAUCCACUCACCCCGCUACAUCAUCUGCCCUCUCAUCAUGCUUACCACCAAUCCAUCUCGUCACAUGCCACCCUGCUCAGACAUCUGCACCAUCUCGAUGCAUCCACGCUGCGGUCCAGCUCCACACCUCCCGCACACGGAAGAGGGCGACAAGGCACCACAUCCAACUCCGACGCCUCUUCUCCUACAGACAUCAAGCCACGCCAGUCGCGCAGUCACGCUCGGGCCUCCUCCUCAUCAACCUCCAUCUCUUCGGCCUCGUCGCCUCCGGGAACUUCCACUUCAGGGGCAGUCGCGCCACCCACAUCUGCAUUGGGUCGCAGAACUCGCCGGGUGCACACUUCCGUCUCGGGUAAGGUGAGGGCUCUGCAUCUGGGCUUGAGGCCCGAGUCUCCUCCGGGUCCCUCGUUCGAUUCCAACCAAGCUCUCGGAAGUAGAGAGAUGGAGGAACAGGCCGCGGAAGAUGCUAAGAAAGUCGAGAGGGGCAACGCGGCAGAUAUAAGUGGACAGCAAACGCGAGAGAGGGGCAGACCGAUGAGAGGAAGAAGGACUUCCAGUCUGGACAAUGCGGACGUGCUACUCAAGCGAAGGUUGGCCAGUGAGCAUAGUUUGCAAACCAUUCACGGCUCCUCUCCGCCCGACGAAGAGGUCAAUCAUGGGGCGGCGCGUCCAACAGCAGCAGCAAGCACCACAUCGCGCACCGCCGAUGCCCAUUCUCCACGUUCGCGCUUGAAGGAGGCACACGAUAGGUCCGGUCCGAUGGUGGAGGAUUGGGACGAGGGACCAGCGGUGAAGAAUCUGAACGCUUCGGACUUGGAGUUGGAAUCGGGUACAGAGAGCGAGAGGGAGCCGCCGCCGGUGGCAGCGAUCGGUGCGGAUAACAAGCAAGGCAGAAGACGAUGA